AUGAGAUUUGGGCAUUAUGUCUUCGAAUUAGGAGGGUAAAACAUAAAUACACGUGAAAUGUUUUUUGUUUAUAGUGAAAACAUCGUUGCAAUGUUUACAUUUCAUAUUAGUCACGUGAUUACAAAAAUCCAGGGGUUCCUCUAUAAAAGAGGUGGUCCACGAUAUUAGUUUCAUAAGUCAUCCGGCAAUAUGUGAUGCAGGAAAGACUUCACAGAAGCCGAGAAAGCUACUAUUAUAAAGGAAAUUGCAAAGGGCAAAACAACCAAAUCAAUUGCUGAAAGAAUAAAUCGCCAUGUGGUCACAGUGACAAGAUUUUUGCAAAAUCUUUCAAAGAGGAAACCUCCUUCUGAUCGCGGCAUUAGAAAAUCAGUGUCAAAGCGGGAUAUGUAUCGCCUGAAAAGAAACUUACGUAAAAUGCCAGAAGCAACAAGUAAAAGAAUCUUUAAGGAAGCAGGUCUGCCAGAUGUACCAAAAACCACCCGAAAUUGUAUCCUUGGGAAGCUAGGUUCCAUGAAGACUAUGAUUAAAAGGCCUUCCUUGACACCUAAGCACAAACUUUUGCGGAUGGAAUGGUCAAGAAAGUAUAUGAAGACAAACAUGAAGUUUGUUAUUCUUUUUACUGACGAGUCGAGAGCGUCACUAGAUGGUCCUGAUGGCUGGGCUAAAGGAUGUGCUUUCAAUGGUGAUAAUUGCCUUAACAGGAUGAGGCGUCAACAAGGUGGUGGUGGGGUUAUGAUUUGGGGCGGAAUCAUUGGAAAUGUUAUCAAUGGUCCCUUCCGCGUUCCUGAAGGUCUAAAGUAG